AUGCUCUCCGCGCUCCGAACCAUUCGAUCUCCGACGAGACGCGCCACAACGCAACUGCGCACCGCUGCGACACAGGCUCAGAAGCGUGCAGGCGAUAUAUCUGACGCUUUCGCAUCGCUCUCGGGACAGGAGUUCACGCCUCUGACGUCCGAAUAUGCCGACCUCAAAAGCCGUCUGAUCCGGGGACAUGAGAGCGAAAUACGAGAAUCUUGGGAACGCCUCCUUCGGACACUUCGCGACGAGAUUCCGCUCAUUGUCGAGCAAGGCAGCAAAGUCAUCCCAGAGAUUGACUUCAAGGACAUCGAUAAUGCACCGGAGUCCUUUAACAGCGAGCUGCGUAAGAGAGGUGUUGCAGUUGUAAGGAAUGUAAUACCCGAGCAGGAAGCGCUGCAGUGGAAGGAAGACUUGAGAGAGUAUAUUCGCCAGAAUCCUCAGACAAAGGCUUUCCCUGCCGAUAACCCUCAAGUCUUUGAAUUAUAUUGGUCGCGUACCCAACUCCUCGCUCGCGGCAAUCCAAACCUCCUCAAGACGCAAGCCUUCCUCAUGUCAUACUGGCACAGCCUCAACCCACACAUCCCACUCUCCACAAAACACCCGAUAAGCUACGCAGAUCGCUUGCGCAUGCGUCUACCCGGUGACGCCAAAUUUGCACUGGGACCACACGUCGACGGCGGCAGUGUAGAACGCUGGUCCGAGGAAGGCUACGGGCUCGGGAAAGUCUACGACUCGGUCUGGAAAGGACGCUGGGAAGACUUUGACCCCUGGGAAGCCAGCUGUCGUCUUUCUGUCAACUCAGACCUCCACCAAGGCGUAGGAGCAUGCAGCGCAUUCCGCAUGUUCCAAGGCUGGCUGUCGCUCUCAACAACUGGACCCUUUGAAGGCACACUGCUGGUCAACCCGUUGUUGGCAAAAGCCACCGCAUACUACCUCCUCCGACCCUUCUUCUCUCCCAAACGAGGCGUAGACCCCGGUGCGCAAACGACUUCUGAGGCCCUCACCAACUCAGCGGACUUCCUCGCGUCGGAUAACUGGGAGAUGGAUACAACACAGAACGCAUGGGUACAUGGUGCGACGCCAGGUCGUGGUCAGGAGCUAUCCCACCUCCUGCAUCCGCAUCUCAACCUGCAGAAGUCGAUGAUCCAUAUGCCGACAGUCAGACCUGGCGACUACGUCUCCUGGCAUUGCGACACCAUCCACAGUGUAGACAAGACGCAUGCAGGCAAGUCCGACUCGAGCGUUUUGUACAUCCCAGCUUGUCCGAUGACGGAGGAUAACGCCAACUACCUUGUCCGGCAGCGCCAGAACUUCGUCAAUGGAACCCCAAGCCCGGACUUUGGCGGUGGUAUCGGUGAGAGCGAGCAUGUUGGACGUAUCAAGGCUGAGGAUAUGCAUGCUUUGGUUGGUGAUGAGGGCUGUCGGGCCAUGGGGUUGCAAGAGUGGGAUAGCGAUGCUGCGGGCUUGGGUCCUGUUUUCUUCCCUUUGCUUUCACUCUUCGCUAUCAACAAACACCUCACGCUCAUCUAUGUAAUAGACUCUGAUCGCGUCGUGUGCUACUCGAGUAGUCGCCAAACCAGUGAGUCCUCGUCGCUCGCUGCGAUCACCCACUCUUUAUCGACACUCACUGACCACAGCAACUCUAGUCCUGUCGCCACGAUGCAGAUCCCAAAGCAAGUCUCCAGUCCGGCAGACCCAAAAGAGCCUUCAUUCCUCAACCUUCCGGCCGAGAUUCGUAACCGAAUUUAUGAGUUCUUGUUCACGCGCGAUGAGCCUGUCUUGCUCCACAACGCCAAAGCAUAUCACCCUAUUCCACCGCAGGAUUCCCAUGAGCCCUAUGGGGGCGAACUGAUAGCGGCUUUUGACGACGAAUACGAGAACGAAAUUGAUCAAGGUCAACUCUUCGUCCAUGAUUUUCAGACAGUCACUCCCGCUCUCCUCGUAUGUCGACAGGUAUACGCUGAAGCAGUCGGAUACCUGUACAGCAAUAACACUUUCAUGUUCUCACGCCCGCUCUAUCGCCAUGAUGGUCGGAACGGUGAUGAAUGUGUGGAACACGACGAUGAAUCGUACUUCGUAACGAAUUACGUAACUCAGUGGCUACAGAAUCUGGGCUCUCAACGCAAACUUCUAAACGAGGUUCGCAUAGACGUUGGUGCUUUCUGUCCAGAGAUUUGUACCAAAGGUAUGCCAUUUGUCUCUAUCUUGAAGCUUGUACGGAUGUUAUGGAGGUAUCCCUAUCUCGCAAAUGUGGUUGCGUUCAGCCAAAGGGGACCUACAGACCGCGAGAAGAACGAUUUCGGUACGUUCAAGCAUGAAGAAGAAGAACAUGACAUGGAAUACGCCGAGCGUUUACAAGGGAUCUUGAUCGCAAUUGGUAUUCAAGACGUCUUGAACUUGAAGCGUUACGCAUCUAUCGAUCUUCUAGUCACCGAUAUCAACAUCGAUUCGUCUUUAGACUACGGUUAUGUUACUGGACCAAAUCUAGAGCUGAGAUUUGAGACACCGGAAGAUGAAGUUGUGAGAUGGCCGGAGAAAAACGAGACCCUCCUCAGCCCUCUCGAUGACCUGGAUCUGCCCCUCAUGCGCAAGAUCUUUAACCUGGUCAUAUUUCCAGCGGAUCAGAUUAUACUCGAUCUUGACUUGCGCAAAGUAUAUGGUUUUGAUCCAGUUGUGUUUCAGUUGAACCGCAGGUUCAGGAAUGUGCAUUAUCAUCGGACACCAAUGGGCAUGAGCGUUCUUGUCAGGAAGAGUAUCAACACCACGACUUUCGAUUUCAGCGGUUUCGCCGACCCCAUCUCCUCAGGGCUGAUCGACCCAACUGAUUACCGGAGUAUAUUUGCAGUAUUCUGGCGUUCAAUAUUUGACACACGAUCUUGUCAUCCAUUAACGACCAUCGUCCUCAACUUCGAUAUCGCGACUAACACCUCCCUGAAGGAAAUCCGUAUAAACAUCAAGGAGAUUGUGCCUCUACUCACUUCUCUCUCUUCUCAUGUCAAGACAAAACUUCGAUUCGUCCUCAAAUGUCCUUGGGGAAACGCUACACACUACGAGGAAGUCACGAUUCCGGUGGCAGAGUUGGUACAAAGUCUUUUCCUACUCUUGAGCGAUGUCAAGCAGCAAUGGCCCUCAGAGAUAAGUAAGACCAGAUACAAGCAGCUUCCUGAUAUCUGGCUCAGUGGAAAUGGCGUCCUCAUCUCUGCAUCCUAUCCGGCAAACUCACACUCUUCGGAACGCGGUGUUGAGUAUACGCAUGGCCGAUUGACAUCUACUGAGAUACGUAACCGAGGGUACAGGAUGGCAAUGACCCAACCUCAUGACCUCAGACAGCAUGCAGGAGUGUUGGGCGAAUGCUGGGAAGAGAUACGUCGCCGUCAUUAUCACGAUAGGGAUUGGAAGAGAGUAUGA